AUGUCUGUGGAACAAACUAAACAGAUCGAGGCUGCUAUCAAAGCAGGAAACUUCUUAGAAGCAGCUUCUGUGGUGCAGACAUUCAAGAAUUUGUCAGGCAUUGAUUUCAAUAUCGCCGUCACGGGGGAGUCGGGAUCUGGAAAAUCAUCUUUGGUCAAUGCCAUCCGGGGCCUGGGAAAUGAAGACAAAGGCGCUGCUGAGACCCGUGUGGCGGAAAUGACCAAAGAACCAGUACCAUAUUGGCAUCUUAUGUGUCCCAUGAUGAUUGUUUGGGACCUGCCAGCGAUUGGGACCCCAGAUUUUCAGCCAGACGCUUAUCUGAAACAAGUGAAGUUCAGCCGCUAUGAUGUCUUCAUCAUUAUCGCUUCAGAAAGAAGCAGAUUCUGCCACACCAAGCUAGCUCGGGAGAUCCAGAAGAUGGGAAAGAAGUUUUUCUUUGUACGCUCCAAAGUGGACUUGGACCUGUAUAAUGAGGAAAGCAAAGGGAGCACCAAUGAAGAGAGAAUCCUGGAGAAAAUCAGAAAUGUCUGCGUCAACAACCUGUCCAGAAUAGGAAUGAGCUCCCCACAGGUUUUCCUUGUGUCGAGUUGGGAAUUUCAGAAAUACGAUUCUCCACAGCUACAGAAGACUUUGCUAAAGGAACUCUACCACCACAAGAUGGAGACGUUCAAGGCCACUGAGGCCCCUAGCAGCAGUAGGAUAACGGAAGAUUCAAAAACUCACUCAGAUGGUUUCUUUUCAAAAUGGAGCAGUAAACUGCCCGGUUUGUCUGAGGAGGAAACUGAAAAAUUCCAGACUGCUGUCAAAGCUGGGAACUUCUCAGAAGCCAUUUCUGUGGUGAACAUGUCUGUUGACACGUUAAGAAAUACCAAGCUCGACAUCGCCAUCACAGGGAACUCAGGCUCUGGGAAGUCGUCUUUCAUCAAUGCCAUAAGAAGCCUGAAUGAUGAUGACAGUGGUGCAGCUAAGACUGGGGUGAUAGAAACAACCAGUUUGCCAACUGCUUAUCCCCAUCACAUGCACCCAAAUGUCACUAUGUGGGACCUUCCUGGGAUCGGAACAAUGAAGUGUCCAGCAGAAAAAUACAUAAAAGAUAUGAAAUUUGAUCGUUAUGAUUUCUUCAUCAUCAUCUCAGCUGAGCGCUUCACAGAGGCUGAUACCAACCUUGCCAAAGAAAUCAACAGCAUGGAGAAGAAGUUUUACUUUGUUCGCUCCAAGGUGGAUAUGGACUUGUCUAAUGAACGAAGAAAAAGAGAUUUCAAAGAGGAGAAAACUCUAGCGACAAUCAGAAGUGACUGCAUGGAGCAGCUACAAAAAGCAGGGAUCAUCUCCCCACAGGUUUUCCUAGUGUCAAGAUGGGACUUUCACAAGUACGAUUAUCCCCAACUGCAGGAGACUUUGGCGAAAGACCUCAAAACUCACAAGAGACAUGUUCUCAUCUGUGCCCUGCCCCGUACGUCUGAAAAAAUCUUGAAAGAGAAACAGAAGGCCCUGCAGGAACAGAUCUGGAAACAAGCCCUGAAGUCGUGUAGUAUCGCUGCUGUUCCUCUCCCAUUUCUCUCGGUUAAGUGCGAUGUCAAGAUCUUGGUGGAAAACAUGAGAGAGUAUUGCAAGUCCUUUGGCCUGGAUGAUGAUUCCCUCGAAUCACUUGCUAAACAAGUUCGGAUGUCUGCUGAUGAGCUGAAGUGUGUAAUAAAGUCCCCUCUGGCCAAAGAUAUAACAAGAGAAGAGGCUUUGAAGCGGCUCAGAGAGGCUACAGGGGAACGUAUGAUGACAGUUAAAUAUUUUAUCAGCGUGAUACCACUGAUUGGCACUGGGAUAGCGGCAAAGAGAUCGUACAGUGUCACCUAUGAAGUGCUACAUACAUUUUUGGAUGAAGUUGCAGAAGAUGCUCUACGAGUCCUGAAAAAGGCUUUGGAGGGAGCAGAGAAUAACCAAUAA